AUGACUAACGGCUUUAAGGACGGAUAUUUCGGGAUUCAGAUAAAUUCACCAACAGAAAGAAGAAUAUUGUUUUCAAUAUGGAGCAAUUAUGAGACAGAUGAUCCGCGAGAAGUACCCACUGAAGACCGGAUUACAUUGCUCCAAAAGGGACAAGGCGUAACGGCUCAAUCCUUCGGUUGUGAAGGGUGUGGUGGGCAAAGCUUUAUUAACCUUAAAUGGAAGACAGAAACAGUGUACAAACUACUCAUACAUGCCGAAGCAAGCGGAACAGAUUCAACGAUUUUCAUCGGCUACUAUCUCACUCCUGAAAAUAAUGAGUGGCAAAUGGUGGCAAAAUGGCACAAGCCUAAAACCUGCGCAAAACUACUAUCCGGCUUAUACUCGUUCGUUGAGAAUUUUGCUGAGAAUGGCAAUGAUGCGUUCGGUGCACUGUACGGUAACCAAUGGGUAAAAACAACAGACGAAGAAUGGAUAUGCAUGAAUAAAGCAAAAGUUUCCACGACUGCAAAUGAACAUAAGCACCAGCGGUAUGAUUGGGGUGCCGGUGUGAAAAAUAAGUGGUUUUACAUGUUUAGUGGAGGAUUCACAAGGACUAAUGUUUCGAAAUAUGGAGAUGACAUCACGCGACCAUUAGAUAUUACUCCUCCAGACAUCAGGAACUUACCAAAAUAG